GGUGACAGUUCAUUUCUGAUUCGAAUUUUUGACGUUUAGUUGAGUUCUGCUCGUUUCAGUUCAUUUGGCCGACCCCGUAAUUAAUUCGUUCGAUUUUUAAGACUUUCCAAACUUCUCUCAUUCAAAAACAACCCCAGUGGAUUAUGAUGUUGGACAUGAUGAACGAAAAAUCACAACAAAUCGAAGAAGAUUGUGGUGUAGAUGGCGAUGUUAUGAUGGAGAAUGGAUCAGGAAUAGGAGACGAAAAGACAAAUCUCAUCAUUAACUAUGUACCUCCAAAUAUGAGCCAAGAUGAAAUCAAACAAAUGUUUGGGACUUUGGGAAAUGUCACUAGUUGUAAACUCAUUCGGAAUCGAGCUACUGGACAAAGUCUUGGCUACGCUUUUGUCAAUUAUGAAAAUGCCGAAGACGCUAAUCGAGCUGUGGCAGAGAUGAAUGGAGCUCGACUUCAAAAUAAAAAGCUCAAAGUGAGCUUUGCGAGGCCAUCGUCCAGCGAGAUCAAAAAUGCGAAUUUGUAUAUCAGUGGGUUACCGAAAAAUUUUAAAGAAGAAGACGUAGAUGCGUUAUUCAGGCCUUACGGGAAAAUUAUAACAUCAAAAGUUUUAAAAGACGUAGAUGGUGAAGGUCGAGGAACGGGUUUUGUUAGAUUUGACAAAAGGAAUGAGGCACAGGCUGCCAUAGAUGAACUAAACAAUCGACCAUUACCCGGCACAACUAACAAAAUUACUGUCAAGUUUGCUAACCCUCCUAAUACACGGCAACCUCAAUUCCCAGCACAACCAGCUAUUCCUUCUCCUCUAACUCGAGCUUUGACACCUCAAAGAAACUUCAGCGGAGGACCCGUUCACCAUCAUCAAAUGUUGAACUUGAGAUAUUCUCCACUCACUGCUGCUGCAGCUACCGGCUUCUCUUCUUCAUGUCCAGCACCUUCCUGUCACAAUUCCACGACUUCACCGACUUCUCCUGGCAGUCCAAAUGGUGUUCAAGGUCUGACUCCACAAGGAUGGUGUAUAUUCGUUUAUGGUCUUCCUCAAGACGCUACUCCUCUGUCUUUGUACAAAUUAUUUAGUCCUUAUGGGGCCAUUGUCAACAUUGAACUGAAGGCAGAUAAAGGGUAUGGGUUCGUGAACAUGCCUAGCUAUGAUGAAGCAUAUUACGCUAUCUGUCUUCUAAAUGGGACUUGUCAUAAAGGAAAAAUGCUACAAGUCUCCUUCAAGACCAACAAAAACAAUAAAAUUCCACGUAGUUGAGAGCACUAACUCUUAGUUCUACACCAGAGCAAUAUACAAGCAAGCAGACAAGAAUUCUUCAACUCUACCGCCUUUACUGUUGCCAAGAAAACCCCACUUUAAUUAUCAUUUACUAUUUUUUUUCUUUCUUGUUUACUAGCAUUUUUUGAGGGUUUCAUUGAGUUAUGGUAGCUAGAUUCAGUGUUUUUUUGUUCGAUCAUUCGAUCGAUUUUGGUGUAUUAUAUUAAAAUCUAUAUUUCACUUUCCAAUCAAAAAAGUAUUCGGAGAAAAACUUCUAGAUUUAUUCGGUUGAUGGCUAAGAUUUAAAGCCAAAUAUAAAAUUAUAAAUACAAAGUUAAUAGUGUAAAGAAAGCAUUUCGAACACACCAAAAAUAUAUAUAUUUCGAUUCGAGAAAUUAUUAUUAUUAUUAUUGCUAUAUUCUAGAAAUAUUUAGAGAGACUUGGAGCUGGUUUCAGCAUCAUUUCAGUAUAUUAUAAAGAGUAUUAUUUCGGCUAUUCUAUGGAAGAAGAUAGCUAUUUCAUGUUAAGUAAGUUGUACGAUGUUGACAAAUUUAUUUUUUUCUUUAAAUCUUGGUGUUUACUUUAUUCUUAUUUCGUUCUUAGUGACGGAAUUUUUGAGCCUUUACUUUAUCAAGGCUUUUUUUGUUGUCUACUGUAAUCAUCGAGUUUUUGCUUUCAUUAAAUUUUCUUUAACUUCUAACCCG